GCCCGACCAAAACAACACUCGCGCAGUACCUGUAGCUGCAGAGAUGGAGAUUGGAUGUAUGUGGAUGAGGAGGGUUCGAACCUCCGCCAUCGCCUCCUUCUCUCUCCUCUCCGUUCAUCCUCCGAUUCCUUCCCCCUCCUUCCUAUCACUCCAUCCAUCACCGCCUCACCCACUUCCUCUAUUCCUUCCCAACCGCCACUCUCUCUCCGUUGCCGCUUCCGCUUCUUCUCCGCCUCGCCCUCUCGUUUCCGCCGACGGUGGCUGUCCCGAGCUCGGAGGCUGCGAAGAGAGCGGAACCGCCACCGGAGGACCGAAGGUGCUGCUUAAAGGAAUGAGAUACGCUGAGCUUGAGAAAUGGGUCCAGUCGCAAGGAUACAGACCUGGUCAGGCUUUAAUGCUCUGGAAGCGCAUGUAUGGUAACAAUAUUUGGGCACAUUCUGCGGAUGAGCUGCAUGGUCUGAACAAAGAUUUUAAGAAAAUGCUGAGUGAACGUGCUGAGCUCAGGGCGUUGUCUUUGAAAGAGAUCCGUGCAGCAGCUGAUGGGACUAGAAAGAUUUUAUUUUCUUUGGAAGAUGGUCUCAUUAUCGAGACAGUUAUCAUACCCUGCGAUAGAGGUCGUAAUACUGUCUGCGUUUCGAGUCAAGUGGGAUGUGCCAUGAACUGUCAGUUCUGCUUCACUGGCAGGAUGGGUUUAACGAGGCAUCUGACUGCAGCUGAGAUUGUGGAUCAAGCUGUAUUUGCACGCCGCCUUUUUCAUGAUGAAGAUGGUUCCAUCACAAAUGUUGUCUUUAUGGGAAUGGGAGAGCCGCUGCACAACAUAGAAAAUGUCAUAAAAGCUGCAGAUAUUAUGGUACAUGAGCAAGGCCUUCAUUUCAGCCCACGCAAGGUCACGGUUUCAACCAGUGGGCUUGUCCCACAGCUGCAACGUUUUUUACAUGCAUCUAACUGUGCCUUAGCUGUUAGUUUGAAUGCGACAACUGAUGAGGUUAGAAACUGGAUUAUGCCUAUAAACAGGAAGUAUAAGCUCAGCGUGCUUUUACAGACCCUUAGAGAAGAACUUCACCAGAAGAGUAACUACAAAGUUCUAUUUGAAUAUGUCAUGCUUGCUGGUGUAAAUGACAGCUUUGAGGAUGCAAAGAGGCUUAUUGAUCUCGUUCAGGGCAUCCCCUGCAAGAUCAAUCUCAUUUCCUUCAAUCCUCAUUCUGGAUCCAAAUUUAAGCCAACACCCGAAGAGAAGAUAAUUGAGUUUCGCAAUAUAUUGGCGGAAGGAGGAUGCACUGUUUUCUUGCGACUCAGCAGAGGUGAUGAUCAGAUGGCUGCCUGUGGUCAGCUUGGCAAGCCUGGUGCCAGACAGGCCCCUUUGCUCCGUGUUCCUCCUCAAUUUGAAAUGGCUUUAAAUGCGGCCAUACAAUUUCCAGUUCAUUCUAGAUAGGAACAGUGCUAUGUUGAUCUCUGACUGGCAAGUCCAAAUUCCUUGGACCGACUGAGAUACCAAAUCACAUGGAGUCCAGUUACUUUUCUUUCUUUGCCCAGAGAGCUUAAGCUCUCUGGGAAUCAGCGUAGUUCCGUGUUGCCUCUACUGGUCUCAUACUUGGCAGGAAAUCUGCUGAUCUCAGUUCAUCAGAUACUGCUAAGGAUACUGUAGUCAAACUGGGUGUUAAUUCCAUUUUAUUGAGCGUUUGUAGGAACAAUUAGUUGGAUUCUUUAGAGUAGUGUUCUGAAGGGACCCGUUAGCCUUGCUCCUCUCUGUUACCUGUUGUAUUUAUGUGUAAUUCGUUGACUUCUAAUAGUCAGAUGGGUAAUUUCUCAA